AUGGCGAAAACGAAGCCGCAAGACCGCUCACGGAAGUCCAAGAAGCACGGAAAGAAUGGCGCCUCCAAUGGCACCCCUAAGAAACCUAAGGCCUCGCCUGAAACACUUCUCGUCCAAGCCGCUGCCUUCCUCCAGACUUCACAACCUGACGAAGCGCUCGUGCAUGUGAAACGCGCCCUCGGUCUCCUUCAGCCUACUUCCAAGCCAACAUUAGCUGCGUUACCUGCAUUGAACCUGCUGGGGGAAAUAAAUGUCGAGUUGGGCGAACCCGACAAUGCAAGGGAGGCAUUCCUGGCAGCAGUAAAUCUAGAUGAGGAGGGCAUGGAAGAUGGCGCAGAGAAGUUCCUAUGGUUGGCACAACUCUGUGAAGAAGGUGGGGUAGAGAGUGUGAAAUGGUUUGAGAAGGGCGUAGAGGUGCUGAAGAGGGAGGUUGGGGAGCUAGAAGGCAAGCUCCAGAAAGCCGAAGUCAUCGAGGUGCUAGAGGAGAAGAAAAUAAAGGUGGCGAAUGCGCUGUGCGGAAUUGCGGAGGUCUACAUGACAGAUCUUUCGUGGGAAGAGGAUGCCGAAGCUCGAUGUGAAGCCGCCGUCACGGAGGCUCUACUCGUUGCGCCGAGUAGUCCAGAACCCCUGCAGACGUUGGCAUCGAUACGGAUUUCACAACUGAGGAUAGAUGAUGCGAAGGCGGCUCUCACAAGAAGUAUGGAGCUGUGGAAAGAACUGGAUCCCGAUGACCCUCAAGUGCCAGAUUUCUCCACCAGGAUAAGCUUGUCAAGGCUUUUAAUGGAAGCUGAAAUGGAGGAAGACGCAAUCGAGGUGCUAGAGAGAUUAAUUGGAGAAAACGACAGCAGUGUGGAGGCUUGGUAUCUAGGAGGGUGGUGUCUGCAUCUCCUCGCCGAGAAGCAGAAGGCGGGGGAGACGUCGGACACGGUCACUUCCCUCAUGCGCGCCAGCCUUGACUGGCUGGAGAAUUGCCUGAAGCUCUACUCAAUGCUUGAAUAUGAAGAUGAACGAUUAAAGGACCACGCGAGUGAGCUUCUCAAGGGACUAAAUGACAGUUUGGGACCGUCAAAUGGUGAAGAGGAAGAGGAAGAGGAAUGGGAAGAUGCAGAUGAUGAUGGUGAUGAAGAAAUGGAAGGUACUACGACUGAACCACCCAAAUUAUCUCCUACCCACCCAAUUCGACGCGCUUUCCGGGCACAUGGCACUGCGACUGCGCGCCACUGGCUCCUAUCCAUCCUCCUAACCAUAGCGAUAUCCGUCCUACUGUGCUAUCCGGCCCUCUUUCAAACCGAUAGCCCCGCAGCGGCCGGACUUCGUAGUCUUCCCAAACAUGUGUGGACUUCAACAGCAGAGGUGCAAGGGGAUAGGAUUGCUGAUGUAGAGGUCCGGCAAGUUUGGGUACAUGGCCAUUACAUGAAUGCCAUAGACGUGCAGGUACUGCGUCAAGCCCUCUAUGUUCAAAAUUCCCUCAUCCGCGAUGGUUUUGGCGUGGAGGCAGGGACCGCUAUCGCAAGCUUCAAUUCGCAUGCCUCCGGCCGCAAUGGAUGUGCUAUGGACUCUGCCCCUAGGUUUACUUGGGGCUUCCACACGCCUUUGAUGUAUUGGAACUGUUCAUCAGAUGCUCUCGAACAAGACUCGGACCUUUUAGCAACCAUCAACUCGAGGACCACAGAUCAAUCGACUCUCAAUCUCACUCUUCGCCCAAGUACGGUCUUCGCAGGUAAAGCAUUUGUUAACAAGAAGCUGCAAGCUGCCGAUGCGCUUGUGAUUAGUCUGUUCGACCAAACCAAUUCCAGUCUCGGUGCUACGUGGGAUGUGCGAUCAAUGUCAUUAGCCAAUGAUCUCUCGUCUGAAUGGGCCAUAUUUCCGCAGGACGGCAAAGUUGUCAGAAGCAGGCUCUAUGAGUUUCGCUUCGAGCAGAUGAGCUGGUUCUGGGACUUAGGUCUAGCACUCUCUUACUCCGGCAUUGUAAUAUACCUGAUCCUUGAGAUAAGGAAGCUUCAUGCUCUGAAGAGCUGGGUGGGCCUCCUCACCACAAUUGGCGCCAAAAUGGCAGUUUGUGUCAUUGCAAGUUUUACCCUCUGCACCUAUCUUGGUCUUAACUUGGCACGUGUACCCAAGGAACUCUUUCCUUGUGUUGUCCUAUUGUUUGGGCUAGGAAACAUCGGCCGCCUGAUCGACGAAGUUCUUAAGACUCCCCCAGAAAUGCCUCCGGUCCAACGCAUUGGAAAUGCAGUUGGGGCAGUGGGGCAUUUGUCCCUGUUAGUCGCAGCACAGAACCUCCUCUUCAUCUAUGGGCUAUCGCUAGCAGUAACACCAGUGGUGGUUGAUUUUUGUAUAUUUGGCGCCGUAACGCUAGUCCUAGAUUUGGUAUACCACUUUACCUUUUUCCUGGCCGUUCUUAGCGUAGAAGUACAGCGGUUAGAGCUUCAAGAUUCCCUUGAGCGAGCAGACCUGAUCCAAGCAUCAAAGAAUGGAAAACAAGAACGUCAGACCUGGCUCGGCGCCUUUCGAGAGGGGGCCUUACCAUUCAGUACGCGAUUUGCAGGCUCUGUUGCUAUCGUCUCUUUGAUCCUAGCUCUCAACUGGCAUUUCUUCGACAGUGGAAGUCGACCAAUAAGCCUCCGUGGGACUUUCAAUAAGCUAUUCGGAAGGCAGCCACGGGCCACUCCUGCGAUCUUACCAUGGGCUCUCUCGCCAAUCAAUCAAGCUAGAACACCUGCCGAAUGGCUGAGGAUACAAGACUGCAACACAGCAAAAGAACUUGUCAGCUUUAUCAAGCCGGAUGCCUAUUCUUUCACAGCCCGCGUCUACGAUCCACUUUUGGUCGUUCUGAGAGGAGCGAGAGGUAGAGACGCUUCUGAGAAUCCAGCACACCUUUUGGGGGGAUUACGACGUCUCGCCCAUGAAAACGCUUUUCCAGCAGCUCUGAUUAUGGUGUUUUUGGUUGCUGGUGUCACCUUGCUGAUGAAUUACCUCUUAUGGAGCGGACUUCCUAAGACCACCGAUGAGGAGAACGACAAAGACACCCUUUUCUCUGUCAAAACUUUGCCAUCUUCACAGACUCUAGAUAUCGUGCGUCUGACUGCUUGUCCGAAAGGCCAUCUCUUGACAGGAAUGGCUCCAUCCCUAUGGCCUAUUGUCGCAUCCACAUUUAACGAUAACGGUUCCGUUCUUGGCCUCUGUUCUGACAGCGGACAGGUCGGAGUUUGGAGUCUUGCUAGAGGUGGUUUUCUCUUUUCCUCGACAAUUGAACUGCGAGGCCAUGUCCCAAUACUCUUCGCGUUCGUGACCAUCCAUACUACGAACCAGGAUAAGCUUUUCCUUAUCGUUGUCACUUCGGACGGCUAUCUAACUGAGAUUGAAACACAGACUGGGGGUCACCACACCAAACUCAUUUGCCCCUCACCCAUUCUGUCAGCGACCUUGUUUACCUGCGCAAAGAACGAUACAAGCUUGGUGUAUGUGAACAAAGCAGGCAAAGUUCACAUACUACCCCUCACAAAUCAUAAUCGACGGACUUCCGAAAUAGUCGCCGGCCUAGAUCCCGGCCCGCCUCCAGGCACUAAGGCGGCAAAGAUCAAAUGGGUUUACUCAUGCUCAAGCCUCGGUUUAAUAUUCGCGCUUCGGGCUGGCGAAGCGGAAAUAAUUGACUUCCAAAGCCGAGCGUUAAUCCAUACACUUGCGAUCGGCCUAGUAAAGCCGCACUCAUUCCGGAUCCUACAUUCUGCCCGCCGCCUCUGUCCUUGCGGAGGUCCAGCCGUGCAUUCCCUCUCAGUCGCGUACUCGGAGCAGGACCAAGACCAUACCAUCAUGCAGACGUUUACUCUCAACGAGACUCCCAGUUCCCAAAUGUGCCUAAGCAAACCUUCUGAUAAUUCGACCUCCAAGUGCCAAAGUCUCGACCGGGCAGUCGAGGCUGUAUUCUGCAUAGAACCGGCUGGGGUCUGGGAGUCUACAACCAUGCAAAGCGUUUUAGGGAUCAGAAAAUGUCCGUCAACGCCUACACCUUCGUCAUCCGCUUCAGGCGUCGAUACCGGGUACUUCACGACAUCCCCGGGUACGACGGGAACCGCACUCAAGCUGCGCGCUAAGGAAGACAAACACGGCAGGAUAUUCUCCUCCUUUAAUAAAACAUCGUUCGCACGACCCAACAAGUCAGAGCGCCCGUCUGCAGACUCAUAUGAUUGGGAAAUCUGGAUGCUUUCAACAUCAGGCGAUUUCAUGUCUCGGCCUCUACUCGACGGGGAUGAGUUAACACCUGAAGUUGAACAUGCCGGCUUGGAUGAUCGACUGUUUGUUGCGUCGGCAGGCCCGAUUACGAGACUAGGGAAGAGGAGCGUGGCGGUUGGGUUCGGCAAUACAGUCAAGAUUAUUACGUUAGGCAAGGAGUCGUUUGAUGGUGGUGUCGGUGCUGAUGAUGGAGGGUUAAGCCCUGGUGUGGGUAUGUAUAAGUCGAGGCCGAGGAAAGGGACGGGGAGGAAGACGCAGUGA